AUGGAAUGCCUGAAAGUUGAGAAUGUCACGCAAUUCCUCGAGUUCCUUCCGGUCAUCUACGCGUUCCUCAUCUAUCCCACCGUCCUCCACUUGGCGCGGGAGAUUUCCGCGGAAAUCGAUGCCGGCUUGAAGGACUUUAUGCGCGUGAUGGGACUGAGUUCUUCCGUUUUCUUCUUGACGCACGGCUUCAUCGCUUGGGUCAAGGCUGCGGUUAUCUUCACCAUUUGCGCCUACCCGAUUAUGACAUCAUUAGAGUUCGUCCCCUGGCAUUUGGUGCUUGUCGUCGUCUAUCUCUACUCGUUUGCCGUCAUCGCAUUCUCUAUGCUAUGCUCCUCGCUGCUCAAAACGUCGAAUAACGUCUUGAAAUUGGCAAUCGUCGCGUGGGUUGUGUCCGUCGGCGCUACAUUCAUCCGCCGUCCUUCCUUGGACCAAUAUGUCCAUUGCUACUUCUAUUCCCUAAAUCUCAACCAUGCCUUCCGAUUGGCCAUUGAGAUCAUGGCAGAGGCUUGCAAUAGAGAAUACCACCUCGGCUGGCCGCAAAUCUUCGACACGCCGAAGAUAGCGUUCAAUCUCUUUGGUGCAAUGCUGAUGCUUUUGAUUGAUUUCGUUUGGAUGACAGCUGCAGCGCUGAUCAUUGACGAUAUCCGCACAAACGAGGAGAGCUACUUCCUGACGAUUUUCAAGAAACGACAGAACAAUACGACAAUCGGAAAUGGCCGUCGAAACCCAGAAUUGGAGGAUCAGAUCGACUUUGUGCGCCAGGAGUCCGGGGCUGAUAUUCGAGUCGACGGACUGCGGAAGAUGUACCACACCGGAAACUGGGCGCUUGAGGGCAUGAAUUUGAGGGCGAACAGGGGACAGAUCACCGUCCUUCUUGGUCACAACGGCGCCGGCAAGAGUACCACGUUCAGCAUCAUUUGCGGCCUCAUCGAGCCGACGCACGGCGAAGUCCACGUGACCGAGAAGCCGGUCGGCCUGUGCCCGCAGAAAAAUUCGCUCUUCGACAAGCUAACGGUCCGCGAGACGAUCUGGUUCUUCCACCAGUUGAAGGGCAGCGAUACCGACUACAAACAAGAAACGGACGAAUACCUAAAAGCCCUGCAUUUCGAGGACAAGGCUGAUGAUCUCGUCCAAAACCUGUCCGGCGGCACGAAGCGGAAGCUGUGCGUGGCGGUGGCGAUUUGUGGAGAAUCGCAGGCGGUUCUCCUCGACGAGCCGACAGCUGGAAUGGACCCUGGAGCAAGGAGGGACGUCGAGAAUCUGUUGCAACACAUCAAGCCCCAUCGAACGAUCCUCCUGACGACCCACUACAUGGAUGAAGCCGAGAGAUUAGGAGAUUGGAUUUACAUCAUGCAGGCCGGGAAGGACAUCAUAAAUGGAUCCCCGGGAUACCUGAAAAAGCAAUAUGGAACCGGCUUCGUGUUGACGCUCGUCUCGGCAGCUGUUGUCGGAGGGAAAGCUGCCGAUACUGCCACGCCGGUCACGCCUGAAGAUUUCAACCUCGCGAAAGACCUCGAUUUGACGGCCGUCUCCCCGAUCAAAUGCACGAUGCAAGCGGACCCGAAUCGAACACGACACGAAAUUGACGUCUAUCAGAAUUACCUGAAAACGCAUUGCGCUCAAUUUCUAUGGAUAGACGCGAAGACGUCGUUUGACCAGCGGAUAUUUGAUGAACCAAAAUACCUGCCAGCCCUUGGCGUCGGUGUUCGUCUACUGGCCGACGGGACGAGGGCCAUUUUCAACGCUCAUGGAUAUCACACGGCCCCGGCUGCCAUGCAUCUUGUGGCCAAUGCUAGGCUACGGCACUUUACCGGCAAACCCUCGGCGUCGAUCCACUCGUCCAUCCAAGUCUAUGCCCCGCUGAAAGAUGCUCGUCAACAUCAAGCCGAUGCGGCGGCCGAAGAUCAAGUGAAAAACUUCCUGCUGAUCCCGGUGUUGAUCCUGGCCUUUUCGCUGGUCUCCUCCACCUUUGUCAUGUUCCACGUCGAAGAGCGAGCCUCGCAUUUUAAACAUCAGCAACUCCUGACAAAACUCCACCCGUCGCUCUUCUGGGCCUCCUCCCUCCUCUACGAUGCCGUCAUCUUUUUCACCGUCUGCUUGGUGUCAAUCGGAGUUUUCUAUCUGGCCGGUUGGAUGCAGGGAGCACUACAGUACGUGUUCCUGCUGUGGGCGCUGUAUUUCUGGGCUUGCUGCCCGUUCAUCUACUCGGUCUCCUAUCUCUUCGAGAGCCCCUCAAAGGCCAGCACUCUGCUCAUUCUUUGGCAGCUGAUCACCUCGAUUUUUGCCCUGAUCGUCGAGGCCAUACAGUUCGCCAUGGCACCCGAGAGUUCCGACUGGACGGGCACGUUCCUGGUAUUCCUGCUGCCGCCAUACGCGAUGGGUAAUGGAAUGAAGGCGAUAGCCAUGUGGAAGGUCUUCCGCGAACUGCCGCCAGAUUUUGCCAGCUUUGGGUCGACUUGUAACCGAACUGAUCUGUGGGCCUGGUGUAUGCUGGGCCGCCCCGCCGCGAUGAUGUUCUUCUUCGGGCUGGCGAGUUGGGUGCUAUUCGUGUGCCUCUCCUCUCGUCAUAUCAGCCGUGGAUUCUCCACCCUUUGGGGUCAUAUCCCAUUCAAGAAUGCCCCUCCAAGAAUGGAUGGAGAAAGAGAUGUGGAUGUGGAGAAUGAGGAGAGAUAUGUCGCCGAGCCACUCAUUUCCAGGCCUCAGCUUGUCGUGCGAAAACUGAAGAAAGUGUAUGGAUGGAACUUUUCGAAGCCGGCCGUCAAUGAAUUGACGUUUGCUGUCGAUAAGGGACAAUGCUUCGGAUUGUUGGGAGUGAACGGAGCCGGAAAAACGACGACCAUCGACAUCAUCACCGGGCUGAGAUACGCGACAAGCGGAAGUAUCGAAAUUCUCGGCGAGGAUGGACCAACUACCGUGCCAAUCGGCUACUGUCCACAGUUCGAUGCCGUACUACUCGAUUUGACGGGAAGAGAGACGCUCGAGCUGAUGGCCUGUUUCCACGGAUAUAAGGAGCCGGAGAAGAUUGCGAGCGAGGCUCUAAGCGCCGUGGGAAUGCUCGGCCACGGCGACAAACAACUCCGCUAUUGUUCCGGUGGCCAAAGGAGGAAGAUUUCACGAGUGGAUGAUGCGAUGAAGCAGACAUUCUCCGGGGCUGUCAUGCGAGAAGCCGGCGAAUCGCUCACCGUUUCUUGGCAGAUCCCAGCGACCGCUACAACCACCUGGUCGUCAUUGUGGCAGAAAAUGGUCGACCUGGCGCCACGAGGGAAUAAUCUCGAGAUCGUGGACUACAGCAUCACGCAGUGCAGUCUCGAGGAUACGUUCCUCAAUCUGUUGGGCAACGAGCAGAGGGCCGACCUGGAGAUGGACAGCAGAACCAGAGCAACACCACCAACCCAAGCCGCUUCAUCUAAUGCA